CCAGUUGUUGGAUGGGUGGAAAAGCCUGGUGUGUUUUCUAGAAAUUAUUGUUGAAAACGUAGAAACUCUGUGACAUCACUGCUUUACUCCAGAAGAAAUAAAUAUUCUCUCAGAAGCGGAGAGCGAUGCGCCGCACCUGAGCCGCGCUCCGAGGCCGGCCGCCAUGGGGCAGGCGCACAGCUCCGUGCCGUCGGCGCUGCACCUGCAGCACGGCCUGGGCGGCGGCGCCGCCGCGCCCUUCCCCUCCCAGUACCAUGUCAAGGCCAGCAGCAGCGGCAGUGUCCUCACGCCCGCCUACCAGAAGCGGCUCAGCCGCGACAAGAAGAAGAUCGGCGGCUUCGCGACGCUGCGUCGACGGCUGGGCCGGCGGCGGCGUCACCACAAGACGCAGGACCACGCCAAGGUGAUCCGGGAGUACAUCUGCGACUGGCCGGCGCGGGACGUGCGCGCCCUCAACGAGGAGUACCGGGCGCUGGGUCUGAUGCGCGAGCUGGCGCAGAGCGCGGCCGCCGCCCGGCCGCUGGCUUCCUCCUGCCAGCAGGACCUGUGCGAGCUGUACCAGAGCCGCUACUGUGCCGACGUCGACCUCGUCUACCAGGGCUGUGUCUUCUCCGUGCACAGGUCGAUCCUGAGCGCGCGCUGCCCCUACUUCCGCAAGCUGCUGAAGGACCAGCCGCGACCGGGCGCGCCCGUGCCCGUCCGGAUCCGCACGGCCGGCGUGGACCCGGAGCUGCUGAACGCGCUGCUGCAGUACCUGUACUGCGGCGAGCUCAACUGCUCGGGCCUGCUGUCGGCGGGCGCCGGCCGGCGCCGCCAGCUGGACGUGUUGGCGCAGCUGGAGGCCGAAUUCGGCGCGCCGGCGCCGCUCGAGCGCGACAUGAAGUACCUGCUGGAGACGGCCGACCUGGCCGACGCGCUGCUCGUGUUCCGGCCGGCCGGCGGCGGCGCGCACGACGCGCAUCCGCACUCGUUCGAGUUGCCCUGCCACAAGGCCAUCCUGAGCGCGCGCAGCCCCUUUUUCAAGGCGUUCAUCGACCGGCGCAUGAAGCUGAGCGAGGCGGGCGGCGAGCGCGCGCGUGGCAAGGCGCCCAUCCGCAUCGAGCUCGACGAGACGGUGCUGCCGCGCCGCUACGCCUACGUGCUGCUGCGCAUCAUGUACAUGGACACGGUGGACCUGAGCCUGAUCCUGCACAGUAGCAGCGAGCCGAGCGUGUGCCGGCCCAUCAGCCUGGUGGACGAGGCGGUGGAGCUGUACCAGAUCGGGCGGUUCGUCGAGCUGGACGUGCUGACGCAGGCCAGCGAGGACCUGAUCCUGGAGGCGCUCUGCGUGGAAAGCCUGCCCCGCAUCCUGCGCUGGUCGGCAGAACCGCACGGCUCGCAGUGGGUGCACCGCCAGGCGCUGCAGUUUCUGUGCGAGGAGUUCAGCGCAGUGGUCUGCACGCCGUCGCUGCACGAGCUGUCGCUGUCGCAGCUGGCGGCUGUCGUCAGCUCCGACUUCGUGCAGGCCAGCGAGCUGGAGAUCCUGCAGGGCAUCAUCCGCUGGAGCGAGCACCAGCUGGUCAGACGCAUGGAGGAGCGAGAGCCGAACCUGCUGUCGCACACGGCCCACUCUGUGACCAAGAAGGGUGUGAAGCGGCGCGAGCUGAGCGACGCCGAGCUGCGCGAGGUGAUGGCGCCGCUGCUGCCGCACCUGCGGCUCGACCACCUGCUGCCCGUCGACCACGACACGGUCACAGCCGCCAUCCGGCGCGGCCUCAUCAGCAUCCCGCCGUCGCACAUGAUCGGCGAGGACACCAGCAGCCGGGCCCGCUCCUGGUUCCGGGGCAAGCGAAAACGCGGCGAGUACGUGCGGCCGCGCUACUUCCUGCCCUACGUGGAGGAGGUCAAGGUCAGAUCGGCGAUGCUCGAGAGUCACCUGGGCAACGAGUACGGUACGGGCGUGUUCCACUACCAGCACAGCGUGGCGGCCACGAUCCCGGACGCGCUGUACAUGGUGGACGGCGAGGCGCACGCAAGCGCCGCCGACGCCGACUCCUCUGCCGGCGAGGACGAUAUUCCCGUGGCGCCGCGGGCCGACAUCCUGUCGGCGAUGCUGCAGCGACAGCGCGAGCUGCAGGCGUCCGGCCUCUACCAGCGCGCCAGCACGUGCCUGCUGCUGACGCCGGCGCGCGUGCGCCGCCAGGUCGGCCUGCAGGUGGUGCGCGAGUACGGCCUGCCCGACUGUAUGGUGCGGGUGCUGCAGGAGGCGAGCCGGCGCAGCGAGGGUCAGCUGACUGUGACGCAGGCCGGCAGCCGGUGGCGCUCCACCAACGACCUGCCGCGGCACUGCCUGCUCACCUUCCCGGAGCCGGAGCCGGCCCAGUUCCGCACCCUGGACCUGGAGGCGCUGAACCUGCGCGAGCCGGGCCACCUGUCGACCAUGCCGGACGUGGCGCUGGCCACGGGCACGCUGCCGCGCCAGCGCUCGCUGCGCCAGAUGCGCGAGCGCGAGCUGGAGCUGGACCUGGGCGACGGCACGCGCCACUACCAGAGCCACUGACGGCCGGCGCCGGACGUGUGCGUCUGCACCUGCACCCUGCAGUGACGCGACUCCACGUCCGGCCGACCGCGCCGCCGCCGCCGCCGCCGCGACCGACGCCGCCGCCGACGACGACAUCACCACAUUGUAGAUCUCAUCCAUUGUGCGCCUUACCUGCUGCCAUAUUCGCUGCCGCCGCCGGCGCCGGGCGGCGUGCGCGGCGCCGCGGGAG